AUGGUCAAGGUCGCUGUGCUGGGCGCCUCAGGACAGAUUGGACAGCCGCUAAGCCUGCUGCUCAAAUCUUCUCCUCUCGUCACUGAUUUGAGGCUGUAUGAUGUCGUCCAUGCAGUUGGCGUGGCGACUGACUUGAGUCACAUUGACACCCCCUCGACUGUUAAGGGGUAUCUACCAGACAAUGAUGGUCUCCUUCAUGCCUUGACGGGCGCCGAGUUUGUCAUAAUCUCAGCUGGAAUUGCGAGAAAACCCGGCAUGACACGUGAUGAUCUCUUCAAAACCAAUGCCGGAAUUAUCGCCAACCUCGUGGCUGGGGCUGCAAGCUAUUGCCCCAAGGCUUUCAUUUCUAUCAUUACCAACCCGGUCAACAGCACGCUUCCGAUAGCAGCCGAGGUGCUCAAAAAGCAUCGCGCUUUUGAUCCCACCCGGCUCUUUGGCGUAACCACACUAGAUGUUGUUCGUGGAUCAAAAUUUGUUACGGAUAUCCUCCGUAAUAUCAACCCCCAGGAGCUCAAGGUUCCGGUAGUGGGCGGCCACUCCGGCGCAACCAUCCUCCCCUUGAUUAGCCAAUCUCAACCUCCAGUGGAACUAAGCCAGACACAAAUUGAGGCCAUUACAUACAGGGUUCAAUUUGGCGGCGAUGAGAUCGUAAAGGCCAAAGCUGGCGCCGGGUCUGCAACGACAUGUAUGGCCUACGCUGGGUUCCGUUUCGCCCAGGCUAUCAUCAAGGCCUCUCAAGGCCAUUCAGGGGUAGUAGAGCCUGCGUAUGUUUAUCUUCCUGGUAUUCCCGGAGGAGAGGCGAUUGCUGGUGAGCUUGGCGUCGAUUAUUUUGCUCUUCCGGUCACCUUUGGGCCCAACGGCGCCACAUCUGUUUAUCCAAUUGGGUCGUUGUCAGACUACGAGGCCGGCCUUCUGAAGAUUGCGGUGGAAGAACUAAGAGGAAACGUGAGAAAGGGUGUAGAAUUCGUGUAG